AUGACAACGACAAUGCCUAACACGGGCAUCCAAACGAAAGCGCCGCCUCCAACGACCUCCACAAACAAGAAAGAGAAGCCAUCACCCUUGCGAAGCAUAAUAGCAGGGAGCACAGCAGGAGCAGUCGAGAUCGCAAUCACAUAUCCCGCAGAAUUCGCAAAGACACGAACACAGCUCAACUCACGGCUAGCACCUGGCCAGAAACUCCCCUUCCCACCUUUCGGCGCGCAAUGGUAUGCAGGCUGCACAACCCUCAUCAUCGGCAACAGCAUAAAAGCAGGAAUACGAUUCGUCGCGUUCGAUCAGUACAGAUCGAUGCUCAGCGAUGCUGAGGGCAACAUCAGUGGACCCAUGACAGUAGUGUCGGGAUUUCUGGCGGGUGCGACAGAAUCGUUACUGGCAGUGACACCGUUCGAAAGCAUAAAGACACAACUCAUAGACGACCGGAAACGGGAAGUGCCGCGAAUGCGAGGCUUUCUACACGGUAGCGGCGUGAUCUUCCGAGAACAGGGCGUGAGGGGGUUCUUCAAGGGCUUUGUACCAACGACAGCACGACAAGCCGCCAACUCUGCUGUGCGAUUCUCAGCAUAUACCAGCUUGAAGCAGAUGGCCCAGAGCUACACCGCGCCGGGCGAGAAGCUAGGGACGCUGUCGACGUUUGCGCUUGGUGGCAUCGCAGGGACGAUAACGGUUUACGCGACACAACCUAUUGACACGGUCAAGACGAGGAUGCAGAGUCUGGAUGCCAAAGGACAAUACAAGCACAGCAUAGAUUGUGCGGUCAAGAUCUUCAGGAAUGAGGGCUUCUUCAAGCUUUGGUCGGGAGCAUUGCCGAGGUUGGGGAGAUUGGUGUUCAGUGGCGGAAUUGUGUUCACCAUGUAUGAGAAGACGAUUGAGUUGUUGGAUAACCUGGAUCCGCAGAAGAAGUAUAUUUAG